CAAGAAAGUCAAGAGAUCAGUGAGAGUAUCACCCUGUUUGGUGCAAACUGCCCAUAUAUUUAUUUAUGCUAUUUACACAAUUUUUCAAAUACAUAAUUUCGUAAUUUAUCAUCUAGUCUUGCUCCCCAUUUGGUGAUGACUUUGAUUCCCAGGCAUCAGUUACAGUUCUGUGAUCGUGUGGUUAACAUCUCACAGUACCCGGACUAAAGUGAUUUUUCGUGAAAAAAAAGAAGCUUUUGAGAGUGCUAUUGUGGGCAAAAAGUGUGCGUUAUCAGUCUCCUAGUGUUUGGAAUUGAAGUGAUAAUUUCGAGUGGGGAGCAGUUUAUAGUGAAGCCGCCGACCGGGGCCGAAGAGAAUAACAAAAUCCCACCAUGAAGCAUGCCAGAGCGGCUCUGAGUUCGCUCUUCUGGGCUACAGUAGUAGUUCUCUUGAGUUCCACUGCUAUCAGCAUCCACGGAAGAGUCGUACAGCCACCCACCGAUACUAUCAGAUCACCGUCUCGGGAGGAACCAAAGUCCAGAGGAAGGAUGCAUCCGGCCUUCGCGAACGCAGGAACCGCCAAAGGACUCGAGAUCUGGCGCGUUGAGAAUUUCGAGCCUGUGGCUUACCCAAAGAAUGAUUAUGGCAAAUUCUAUGAAGGGGACUCGUACAUUGUGCUGAAUACCAAAGAGUCAAAGAGCAAGGAGCUAUCUUGGGAUGUCCACUUCUGGUUGGGAAGGGACACUUCUGCAGAUGAAGCGGGAGCAGCUGCUAUUUUGACUGUUCAGCUGGAUGAUCAACUCAAUGGAGCUCCAGUGCAGCACCGAGAAGUUCAGGAUCAUGAAUCCCAGGCAUUCCUGGGCUACUUCAAGAAUGGCGUACGUUAUCUUCCCGGAGGAGUUGCCAGUGGUUUUCGUCAUACGGAAACCAAUGCAGCUGGGGAGAAGAGACUCUUCCAAGUCAAGGGCAAACGUAACAUCCGUGUACGCCAGGUCAAUCUAUCCGUGGCUUCUAUGAACAAGGGUGACUGCUUUAUCCUGGAUGCUGGACGUGAGAUUUACGUUUAUGUGGGCAAGAAGGCCAAACGCGUGGAAAAGAUCAAGGCUAUUAGUGCUGCUAAUCAAAUCCGUGAUCAGGACCAUGCAGGACGCGCCAAUGUGAAUAUAGUUGAUGAAUUCAGCUCAGACUUCGAUCAAGAGCAAUUCUUCAAAGUGCUGGGUUCGGGUUCACCAGCUGAAGUACCCGAUGAGUCUGCUGGGGAAGAUGAUGAGGCCUUUGAGGUCAAGGAGGAGCGUGGAGUGACCCUAUACAAGGUAUCAGAUGCCAGUGGUACCCUCCAGGUUGAUCCAGUUUCGCAGAAACCACUGAAGCAGGAGUUCCUCAAAUCCGAAGAUUGCUUCAUCCUCGACACAGGAUCAGGACUUUUCGUAUGGGUUGGGCGUGGAGCCACACAGCAAGAGAAGAGCCAAGCCAUGGCUCGAGCUCAAGGAUUCCUCACGUCCAAGAAGUAUCCAUCCUGGACAUUGGUGCAGAGAAUUGUGGAGAGUGCCGAAACUGCUCCUUUCAAGCAAUAUUUCUCCACUUGGCGUGACCGCGGAAUGCUCCAUUCCCGUCUCAUCCGUGCUGCCAAUGAUGAGGACUCUGAUACAGCAGCUGAUGAGGAGUUUGAUGCCAAUGUGCUGCAUAAGAUGAAGAAGAGCGGAGGACGCGCCAUUGGUUUCAUGCCGGACAAUGGCGAGGGUGAGGUUGAAGUCUGGCGUGUUGAGGACUUUGAUUUGGUGCCCGUGGACCCUGAACUUUAUGGAAUGUUCUUUGGCGGAGAUUCUUACGUCAUCAAGUAUGAGUACCGCAACAAGAGGGGUGGACAGGGCCACAUCAUCUACUUCUGGCAAGGCAAACACUCCAGUACUGAUGAGAAGGCUGCUUCUGCUAUCCAUGCUGUACGUCUGGACAACGAACUUGGAGGGGCUGUUCAAGUACGCGUUGUUCAAGGUCACGAGCCCCGUCACUUCCUUAAAAUCUUCAAGGGUAAGAUGGUGGUGUUCACGGGAGGCCGUGCAUCUGGUUUUAAGAACAUCCGAGACCACGACACGUAUGACGUUGAUGGGACCCGUCUCUUCCGCAUUCGUGGCACCUGUCCUGAAGAUGUACGAGCAGAUCAGCUUGAGGAAGUGGCUGCUUCUCUGGCAUCAGAUGAUGUAUUUAUCCUUGAAUCGCCAAAGGGAACAUUUGUAUGGCAGGGCAAGGGUGGAUCGGACUUUGAGCGUGAGAUGGCCGCCAAUAUCGUUGGUGUGUUGUCACCAGACACCGAACCCCAUACAAUUGCCGAGGGUGAAGAACCAGCAGAAUUCUGGGAUGCUCUUGGUGGUGAAGGUGACUAUGACAGAGAGCUAGACCCAGCAGGGCCACCUUUCCUCGAGCCACGUCUCUUCCACUGCAAAAUCCUCUUCAAUGGUCGCUUCAGGGUGGAGGAGGUGGCUCAUUUCGAGCAAGACGAUCUCGACCAGGAUGAUAUAAUGGUUCUGGACGGUGGGGAUGAGGUGUACGUCUGGGAGGGUAAUGGAUCCACGGAAGAGGAGAAGGAGAAAGCAAUGGACAUGGCCAAACAAUACAUCCUCACAGAUCCAACAGAUCGCUCCGAGGAAACUGUACCAAUCAUUAAGAUUCACCAAGGCAAGGAACCGCGAAGCUUCAAGAGACUCUUCCCAGCCUGGGAUGACAAUUUGUGGGAGAAAUUGCCCUCAUACGCUGAUGCCAAGAGGAAUGCCAUCGCCCUCAAUAGUGUCUGAAUUUUUCACGUUCAUUCGAGACACACCUAUUUUUGCAUCAUACUUUUCUAUAUAUUCGGUUGUCCUUUUUGUGUGUUUAAUAAAAAAAGGGACACUCUUUGUCCUGUGUACUAAA